GCUUCCUUCGGGUCGAGCUCCUCACCAGAGCCGCUUCUCUGCUCGGGUUAACCCGCUGCCUCCGGACCUUUCUGCGGUGUUUACUACGGUGGAAGAAAUGUCGGAGGAGAAGACGGACAUUCCCACAGAACUCCUCGAGAGUGUGCGGGAAGCGGUCGGUCGAAGGGUGAAACUGACCCUGAGGCGCAAAGUCCAGCUGGAAGUCAAAGGUGACAAGGUGGAGAACAGAGUGCUGGCUUUAGCAUCACACCGAGCCUUCCUGCUGACUGCACGCAUCCCCUCCAAGGUGGAAAGCUCCUUCAGCUAUCUGGAUAUUCAAGGAAUCAGCAGCAACAAACCCAAUCAGUUGGUGUUGGAGGGUGAGCGCGGCCCAUGGAGCCUGCGGCUGACCUCGGUGGAGGAAGUGGACGAGGUGAUCGCUCACAUCGGAGGCUGUCUGCACCGGAUCUGCCCCGCCGGCUCACCUGUGAAGGUGAUGAGGAAGCUGAGUCUGAAGCCUCCGGACAGGACGACGGCUCUGCAGACCAUCUGGGACGAACAGGGCUCGGCUGAUCUUGGACCCUGCGGCGGCUUCUCUCACCAGUAUUGGUGUGUGUGUGACAGCCUGGGUCUGCCCUACAGAGAGGAGGUCCAAUGGGACGUAGACACCAUCUAUCUCACUCAGGACACCAGAGAGCUCAACCUGCAGGACUUCAUCCACCUGGAGAACAGGGAUCUGGUGCCAAUCAUCGCAGCUCUGGAGUACAACCAGUGGUUCACUAAACUCUCUGCUAAAGACUAUAAACUGGACAAUGGUGCGUCUGCUCUGAGCGCUCAACUUGCCAAACUCCCGAUGGGCCUGAAGCACCUGAACCUCUCCAGAACCUCCAUGUCUCCUAAAGGAGUGAACAGUCUCUGUCAGGCUCUCUGUGCAAACCCGUCCAUCUCCACUUCUCUCACUCACCUCGAUCUGUCAGGAAACUCGCUCAGAGGAGACGACCUACCGAAUCUGCACAGUUUCCUGAGUCAGUCCAACUGUUUGGAGACUUUGGAUCUGUCCAACAGCGACUGCUCUCUGGAGCAGGUGUGUGUUUCUCUGCUCAGAGGAUCUUUGAAGCAUCUUUCUGUCCUCAACAUGUCAAAAACUGUUUACUCUCACAGGAAAAGUAAAGAAAUCCCUUCGUCCUUCAAGCAGUUCUUCAGCAGCUCUCAGGCUCUGAGCUCAGUCAGCGUGUCAGGAACCAGACUUCCUGUCGAGGCUCUGAAAGCUUUGCUGUUGGGACUCGGCUGCAACCCGAACCUCAGCGAUGUGUCUCUGGAUCUCAGCUCCUGUGAGCUGCGUUCAGGAGGCUCUCAGAUCUUGGAGGGUUGCAUCGCUGAGAUCCCAAACAUCUCCAGUCUGGACAUCUCUGACAACAGUUUGGACAUGGAUCUGAUCACGCUGCUGGUCUGGCUGGCUAAGAAUCGCUCCAUCAGACAUCUGUCACUGGGAAAAAACUUCAACAACAUCAAGUCCAAAAAUGUUGCUCCGGUUCUGGACAACCUGGUUCAUAUGAUCCAAGAGGAGGAUUCACCGCUGACCUCGCUCUCGCUGGCUGACUCCAGGCUGAAGGCCGACAUCUCCAUCGUGCUCAACGCUCUGGGCAGCAACACGUCUCUGACUAAACUGGACAUCAGUGGGAACGCUAUGGGAGACAUGGGGGCAAAGAUGCUCGCUAAGGCUCUGCAGAUCAACACCAAGCUGAGUUCAAUAGUGUGGGACAGGAACAACAUCAGUCCUCAGGGUCUGCAGGACGUUGCAGCUGCUCUGGAGAAGAACUACACCAUUCGGUUCAUGCCUGUUCCCAUCAUGGAUGCUGCUCAGGCUCUGAAGGCCAAUCCUGAGAAGACAGAGGACGCUUUGCUGAAGAUGGAGCAGUACCUGCUGAGGAACCAUGAGACCCGUAAAUACCUGCAGGAGCAGGCGUACAGGCUGCAGCAGGGAAUCGUUACCACGACGACACAACAGAUGGUGGACAUGAUGUGUGUGAAGGUUCAGGAUCAUUUAAACUCUCUGAAGUUCACGGAGGCCAACCUGGUGCAGGAGGACAUGAAGGUGGCCGAGAAUCUCAUGAAGGACGCAAGAAACUCAAAGACUCUGCUCCCCAACCUCUACCACCUGAGGAGUUGGGGUUUGAAGGGUCCGUGCGUCGGAGCCAUUCAGGACAAACUGGAGUCGAUGGCCGGAGAGGUUUCCAUGGUGAUGGACGAACAGCUGCAGACGAUGCUGGCGUCCAUGGUGGACGCGGCCGAGGGUCUGUGUCCUCAUGUGAUGAAGAGGAGCAGCCUUCGUCAGGAGCUGCUGAAGGCCGGUACGGGACGGAUGACGGUUCCUCGCAGCUUCAUCACCACGACGCUGCUGGAGCAGUCCGGGGCCGACAUCAUCAAUAAGAUCAGUGAAGUGAAACUCAGCAUCGCCUCAUUUCUGUCUGAUCGCAUCGUGGAUGAAAUCCUGGAGUCUCUGUCCAGAUCACAGCACACUCUGGCCGACCAUCUGAACAGGAAGGUCCAACCUCUGCUGCAUCAUGAGCCUCAGCUGGAGGCCGAAGUUCUGGACGAGAGCAUCCUGCAGCCGGAGAGCAAAACAGCUGGAGGAUAUGGACACCUGCAUGGUGAGGAUGGAGGGAGGGAUGGAGGGAGGGAGGGAGAGAGGGAGGGAUGGAUGGACACCUGCAUGAUGACGCCGAAAUCCAAGAGGAAGAGUAUUCUGGUCCGGAUGCUGCGACCGGUCUCUGUGGCUUUUGAGAUGGAGUUCGACCUGGACAAAGCUCUGGAGGAGGUUCCUAUCCACGUUGAGGACCCGCCUCCUUCUUCCUCACAGCCAUCGGACAUGACGUCACACUGCCACGGAGACUCCUUCCCCGACUCUAAGCCCCUCUGUUUGGGUGAGCUGCCCCCCGUGGAGCACAUGACUCUGGAGCAUCGCACUAAACUCCGGCCCAAGCCCAAGAAGAGGACGAAACCCAGCCGUUCUCAGCGGGAGUCUACCGUCGCCUCGGCAACUCAUGAGUCCGAGCAGAACGUGAUGGAGAAGCUGGACGAGGGUCUGGAGGAGUUCUUCUCCAAGAAAGUCAUUAAACUUAGCUUCAAACGUCCUACUGUGAAAGGCUCGUCCUCGAGCCCACAGGAAGGAGCAGAAAAGAAACGUGAAUCCAGGAAGAGCGGCUUCUUUAACCUCAUCAAAUCCCGAAACUUCCCCGCUCAGAGAAAAAGCCACGGUGCCGCCUCCGUCAGCCCGCCACAUCCGGCCUCCUCGCCCUCCGUAACCACGGUAACAGAGGAGUCGACGGCUCAGGCAUCCCCGACGUCGCCGCGGCCGCUACAGGACAGAGCUCAAUCACUGGACACCACAGAUUCUGAGACUGAAGUCUCUCCGACCGCUGCUGAGGAGGAGAAAGAGGAGGAGGCGGAAGAGAAGAAUGAGAAUGUUGAGAAGGAGGAGGCGACCGCGGAGAAGAAGGAGAACCCUCAUAUCCCCCGUCAUAUCGGUGUCCCUCUGAUGGGCAUGGACCUGAUGGCCGAGAUGAAGGCCAGGCAGGAGAGGAAAGCUGCUAAGAAGUCUGAAUCCUCGCUGUUGCACGACAAGGCGAACAUGCUGAUGAGUCCAAACCAGAACCGGCUCCCAGGUUCAAAUCACCCGUUCCACUUCCGCCCCAGGUGGCCAAACCCCUGCCGACCCCCCCGCUGCUCUGGGCCCAUGAGUCCCACCAGUCCAACCAGCCAAACCAAUCCCACCAGUCCAACCAGUCCCACUAGUCCAACCAAUCCAACCAGUCCCACCAGUCCCAGACCAACCAGCACCUACGUCCAUGAUGAUUCUGCUGAGACUCCAGCAGCAGUCUGCUCGUCUCCUAAAGCAGCACUUCCUGCUCCCUGCCUGAAGAGGGCGCCAUCAGAGCAGGAGAGAGAGAGCACCAGCAGCAACCCUGGACCCUCGUCUCCACUGGACGCUGACUGUCCUGCAGACGGUGAUGCGUUCGAGUCCCCCGCUGCAGUGGGAGAAUCCAGCGCUGGCAGCAGACAGUAUUCGUCUCUGAAGGGUUCGACCAGCCUUCCUCACAGAGAGGAAGACCGAGAGAAAGCCAAGUCCCUCCCCGCCUACGUGAGACCUCCGUCGUCCCCGGUUACCGACACAGAUGUGAUUCCUGCAGCAGAAACCAGAUCAGAGGACGAGUCAGGAGACGACAGCGCCUCAGUGUGACUCCUCACCUCCAAACACGAACUUUAAAGAUGAUCAGAAACAAAACACAUCCGAACGCUCAGAAUCAGAGACGACGAUGAUGAUGAUGAUGAUGAUGAUGAUGAUGAUGAUGAUGAUGAUGAUGAUGAUGAUGAUCCUGACCUGCUGUAAAAAAAAAAGCUCCAUUAGUCCGAAUCACUGAGGAGAAACUCUGAUUAAAGCAGUUUGAGGUUUUUUUGCAGGUAAAUUGAGGCGAUGAGGUCAGUAAAUAAACAAUAAACAACUUUAAUUAUUUAUUUUUUACUCUUUAACGUCCAACAAUUAGAAAAAGCCAAAGAUUAUCAGCUCGAGUCUUUUUGUUUUUUUUUAUUUUAAUACCACAAAAAGAUCAAAGUGAAACAAAUCCUGAGUUUAAUGACGUUAAUCUGCCGAGUAACAAAACUGCUGACGGUU